AUGCCGAACAAUUUAGACUACAAGACAAAGAUUUUUCAAACGAUAGCACCUAAAGAUUGGUUGGAAAAGAUGAUUGGUGUAGGAUUAAUACCUACCUUAAUUGGUCGAAAUAGCCAGAUUUUUGAAACAUUAACGACACAAGGAGAACUGCCUCGAAAUACCAGUGGUGAAGAACCAAUCUAUUUGGCUCUUGUGUUGUUUGAAAGUGAAAGAUAUGAGUCACAAGCGAGCGUCUCGCAUGGAUUUCCUCAUAAAGAACUACUCCUCGAAAAGCUUGAAAGUGAUGGUGACUGGACGGAUGGAGCAAAGCGGGACAUAUUUCUACCUCGAUCCAACAUCAAACUCAACGUAGACCAUAUAAACUAUGGCGAGUCCGAGCUUCCCCUCACCGCCGUUGUCCGAAGAAUUGUGGAAAACAAUCCAAACCAAACAUGGGUUUUAAACGAGAUAACAACGUCGGCAAUUUCAUACGGCAAGGGCGAUAUUGAGGUCGAAAAUGCAUUCUACGAUUGGCAAAAGCAACGCCUCUACGUAGUAGCAACAAUUGGCAAAUGUGUAGACACUUGGAUUUUCGGGACCAAAGGAAAGGAGCGGGACUAA